AUGCUAAAAGCCGUACUUCUGGGCCUCGUGCCCGCCGUUCUAGCCAUCCCCGCGCCGGCUCCAGUCGCAGAACCAACGGUUCCCGGCUUGCUGGUCGUGAGGAUACCGGAGCCUACAGCUGCCCCGGUUCUUAUCGAGCGAAACGUGCUCGACGACGUCGAAACCUAUGUCGACGGGAUCAUCAGCGACGUUGCGAGCAAAGUCUCGUCACUCGUCGACUCGGGCAUCCUCGAUUUCCAUGGCCUUCCUACAGGCACGGCUGUCGAGAAGACGCUUGGAAUCUCGGAUGGUGACUUGGAUGCGAAGCCCACGCAGGUGUUGAACAUUCCCCCAUACGCCAAUUGGACAAAUGACGGGUGGAGUGUGCGAGUCCACGGGAACGUUUACAAGCUCCCCAACAUCACCCAGGACAAGGUUGACGACCUGGCCAACGUCUUUCUCAUUGACACGUCAGUUGAUAAGCUCUCCGACUCGGAGAAGGCCCAGGCUCGUAACCUCACGCGGUCUAUCUUCGUGGUGCAGCAAAAAGACGAGAGCGUGACAGUUGACUUUGUUACCAACUUUGUCGUCGCCAACGGAAGCAGUCUCGUCAGCGCGAAAGGAGGAUCCCAGAAGAUCACGUUGCCACACAACACUACCGCUGAAGGCGACUUUGAUACCUUCGUGACACUGCGUAACACGAGCGGCCCGGGUGGGUAUUUGACCCCAGGCAACGAGACGUCACGGAUCCAGGCCAUCAACUUGUAUGCGGAAGGGACAAACAACAAUGGCAACGCGACCGCGUAUCUCGUCCCUCCCGAGGGUAUCACCAUCAUUUCGGAUAUCGAUGACAUCCUCCGGGUAACCAAGAUCUAUCAACCCAAGGAGGGCUUGCUCAACACGUUCGCGCGCGCAUUCACCCCAUGGAAGAACAUGCCUGACAUCUACGCCAAUUGGUCAACGUCGUUACCAGAGAUGCACUUCCACUACCUUACCACGACACCAGAGCAGGGCACGCGCAACUACAUGGAAUUCAUCUAUGACACAUACCCGAUGGGCUCGUUCGACACACGGCCGCUCAACUUCUCAGACGCGUCGGCGACGUUGUCGAUCCGACGGUUUCUCCUCGACAAGGUGUUUCAGACGUUCCCUAAGCGUCGUUUCGUUCUGGUCGCCGACACCAGCAACUCUGACGUCAUGAAGGACUAUCCAGCCCUAUACAAGGACUACCCUGGGCAAGUGCAGUGCAUCUUUCUACGGAACACGAGCGCAACGGACGACGGUGACAAGUUCCCGUACAACACGAAGGGUUUCAAGGAUAUUCCGCAAGACCGAUACAUGUUUUUCAAGGUGCCGGACGACUUGACAAACCUGGACAUUGCCAACGGCCACUGCUACAACAGCUCGAUCAAGCAAAACGUGACGUUUGACUACCAAGGUUUGCCGUUUGGUCUGUCGAACGAUGAUAGCGCGGCUUCUGGGGGUGUGGUGCCGAGGCUUGGGGCGGUUGUGGUAGCGGUGCUUGUUGGUCUGUUGGCGGCAUUACUCUGA